AUGGCGUCCGACACAAAACGCGCACGAGGGUACUGUCUCUCGUUGGCAGGAGCGGCGUUGGGGUACGCUUGUCUGCUGGGCGUCUGUGCAGCGGUGGAGAUAAACGAAGGGAUUCAGUCGCUGCGAGUUCUGAAAACACCACUGGGUUCAGCUUCAGCGCUUAUUCAAGGCCGGAUCAUCUCCCUUUUCAUCGUAGCGGGUUUCGACAUUUUGGUCGCGAUCCUGUCGGUUGCUGCCGUCACGUUCCGCGUUCCGCGGCUGACGUCCCUGCUGACGUGGGCGGCGUUGAUAAACGGUGUUUUCAGCUUCUUGUGCGUUAUCGUCUGGUACCUCGGCGUUCGGGGUUCCCUAUGGAUAGUGCUAGGUGUGGCGAUUCCUAUGGUCCGCGUUUUCGCUUCGCUGGCCAACGUGCAAGCUGCUGGCGGGGAUGGAUUCGAAGGCAGAAACUACAAGACGCUCGGGCAAGUUCGCGAAGACGUUCUCUCUGGUCCCGGCGAGAUGCGCAGGCUGGGCAACUGGGCUGUCGGGAUGACUGUCGGCACAGGUGCGCUCGUGUUCAGCUUGCUUUGUCUGUUCAUCGCCAUGCUCGAAUGCGCGGGCUUCUGGAACAGCCGCUUGUACGCUCCGACAACACAGGGCCCAAACUCCUGCCUAAUUAUUCACGGGGUCGUUCUAGUCGUUGCAGGCAUGGCCGGACUGGUGGGGGCAGUAGGCACCUGGAAAUCCGUUACGAGUCUCGCGACAGCUUUCACUGUGCUCGCGUUGCCUCUGAGCCUCUGUGUGCUCAUCUGGUGGAACAUCACAUACUCGAAUGACGCAUCCCUUCCUGCGUAUAACUUCUGGAAAGCGAAUGCGCUAGUCAAAGACCACUGGUGGUUUGUCGCUACGGCUCCUCUAGGCUUGUGGUGCUACAUGGCGCUUAGGCGCCUCCAGGAAAAACGACUCUCUGGGUUCGAGGGCCCAGACGAAACUCCAGAGAGCGAGGAACAAAGUCUUCUGGAAGACAACAUCUAA